AUGACUACAAAAGGCUCAUUUGAAAAUAAUUUUGAUGACUACUCUCCAACUGAUUUAACUCCUCUACUCAACGAAAAUAGAGAUGCGAUAUCAGAAAAAUUUCAAGCAAAGUUACAGAAUUAUAAAACGGCAAAAUUAGCGUUUUUAUUAACAAAACUAGAAAAGGAAUUAUUUUGUGAUGGAACUGUUUACACCGGCUCUACGGGACUAGCAUUAUAUUAUUUAAUGUCUGCACUCGGGAACCAUGAUUCUCAACAAGAAAAUCUGCAGAAAGCCCUGGACUAUCUAGAUCUGGAUAAAUUAAAAGGAAGGAGAAUAAGUUUUUUGUGUGGUGAUGCUGGUCCACUUGCAAUUGCAACUGUUAUUUCACACAAGUUAGGUACAAGACGGCCAAAUUAUUUACCUGAUUACAGGGAACUAUCAGUAAGGCUCUUAAACCUUGGAUCACUUUUAAAUGACUCACCAGAUGAACUGCUGUAUGGGAAAGCAGGAUAUUUAUAUUCAUUGCUGUUUGUUAAUAAAUAUGUCCACGGUAGAAAUGUUAUUUCGAAUGAUCAUAUUGAAAAGGUUGCUUCUUUAAUCUUGAAAGUCUGGUAA